UAAAACCACCAACGGCAGAGGAGACCACACCGUCCAGUCCAAAGGAUAAUGAUGGGGAGCAAUGACUCAAAAGGGCUUCUGAACACCGAAAAGGGUCUGUCUGGCAUGUCUGCAGUGAGUGACAUGUUGCGCUCGUCCUAAACGCUCGUGAGUCUGUACUGACUGGCCAAAAUGUUGAGCCGACUGAUGAGUGGCAGCGAGCGGAGUCUUGACAGGGAAUUCAGCUGUACGGUGCGACUGCUGGACGACUCGGAAUACACUUGUACGGUUCAGAGGGAUGCAAAAGCUCAAUGGCUGUUUGAGCAGGUCUGUCAGCAUCUAAACCUGCUGGAGAAAGACUAUUUUGGCAUCAGAUUUGUGGACCCAGACAAGCAACGGCAUUGGCUGGAGUUUAGCAAGGCAAUUACCAAACAAAUGAGAUCCCAGCCACCCUACACUAUGUGUUUGCGUGUUAAAUUCUAUCCUCCAGACCCUGCAACUCUUAAAGAAGAGAUCACUAGAUACCUGGUCUUCCUACAGAUUAAAAGAGAUUUGUAUCACGGCCGACUCCUGUGCAAAAGUUCAGAUGCUGCUACGUUGGCCGCAUUUAUUCUGCAGGCUGAGAUUGGAGAUUAUGACCCGGGGAAGCAUCCGGAAGGUUACAGCUCUAAGUUUCAGUUUUUUCCCAAGCAUUCUGAGCGCCUGGAGCGCCGCAUUGCUGAGAUCCACAAAUCCGAGCUGACAGGCCAGAGUCCUGAGACAGCUGAGCUGAAUUUCUUAAGGAAAGCUCAGACUCUUGAAACAUAUGGGGUUGAUCCACACCCAAGCAAGGAUGUGUCUGGCAAUGCAGCAUUUCUUUCAUUUACCCCAUUUGGCUUUGUGGUACUACAGGGGAACAGGAGGAUUCAUUUCCUCAAAUGGAAUGAGGUGACCAAACUGAAGUUUGAAGGAAACACAUUUCAUAUAUAUGCAACUCAUCAAGAGGAUCAGAAGAUCAUCUUGACUUACUUUACUCCAACACCUGAGGCCUGCAAGCAUCUAUGGAAGUGUGGGGUGGAAAACCAAGCUUUCUACCAGUUUGAGAAAUCAAGUCAAGUUCGCACUGUAUCCAGUAGUAAUCUUUUCUUCAAAGGGAGCCGCUUUAGAUAUAGUGGUAAAGUGGCCAAGGAAGUGAUGGAACAGAGUGCCAAAAUCAGACGAGAGCCUCCAGAGAUCCACAGGGCUGGGAUGGUCCCCAGUAGGAGUUGUCCCUCCAUCACUCAUGGCCCACGACAGAGUAGCGUUCCCCGAACACGAAGGAGAGCAGUCCAUAUUUCCAUCAUGGAGGGUCUGGAGUCCUUGCGUGACAGUGGCCAUUCCACGCCAGAGCGAUCGGUCUCCAAUGGCAACUCAUUUCUACACUCCCAUGGAAAUAGAGCCGAGGGAGACAGAACAGCUGAAUUUUCCGAGGACUCUUACAGUCCCUCUGACAGCGUGCUUCCCACACCAGUGUCCAACGACCCCUCAGACCAGGCUCAGGUUCGCCACACAAACGGCCCCCGCAGCAAUCAAGAGGAAGGAGGAACAGAACUGUGUACUCAAAACCAGGCAAGGCCACAGGGCGUUAAACCCAAAGGGAAACGCUCUCAACUGGAGAAGUCUCGGCCAACCCAACAUGGCCCAGAGGAAAGGGUGAAUGAGUUCAUCUGUAGUUUGGCACGUCUUUUCUUAGUGACCCUGUCUCUACUAUUUGCCCUCCUUCUACUUCUUAUUGUGCUAACAGAGUCUGAGCUGGACUUGGCCUUUCUUAGGGACAUCCGGAGAACACCCGAAUUCCAGCAGUUCCACUAUGAAUACUUCUGCCCCCUUAGGCGCUGGCUGGCCUGCAAGUUGCGCUGGAUGGGUGGGCAUCUCAUCAAUAAAUGAAUGUGUAAGCACCCUUCUCUGUCUCCUCAGUGUAGUCUACGAGUGGGACAUUCUAAGCAUUAAU